AUGGCGGAGGAGGAUUUCCCGGCGGAGGAGUGCCCAAUAUGCAUGGGCGCCCUCGUCGACCCAUGCCGCACGCGAUGCGGGCACAUCUUUUGCAGCGAAUGCCUCAAGCAGUCCUUCCCGGCAGAGACAGCAGCCGGCAGAUGCCCGCUGUGCCGCGGCGCUAUCUCGCUCUUCUCGACAGUGUCGAUCGCCACAGAAUCUGCGCUCCGCCCGCCCGCCGUCUCCACCAUCUUUGGCACCACCUUCCUCCAGGGCGGAAGACCUGGCGUCGCCUCGUAUCACUUUGAGGUGCCGCCUGCCACGCUCUGA